AAAUUUAGAAGACAAUGUCAUUUAGAGGUGGACGAGGUGGAAAUAGAGGAAGAGGAAGAGCUUCUUUCGGUGGACGUGAUCAACAACCAAGUGGAGAGCUUGUUCCUUAUGGUAAAUUCUUACAUGCUGCUGAAACUGUUAUGGUUUUUAAAGCAACAUCAACUACACAAUACCCAGCCUUUAAUGCUAUUGUCUACAACGAAAAGAAAGCUGAAGUAGGAAAAGUUGGAGAAGUAUUUGGACCAUUAAAUGAUUAUUACUUCAGUGUUGUUCCAGUUGAAGGAGUUAAACCUGAUUCAUAUAAUGUUGAUGAUCAAAUUUACUUGUAUACUGAUAAACUUUUCUCUGUUGAUCGUUUGAAGAAUCCACCAGCACCAGUUAAACGUGGAGGUGCUAAGGGUGGAGCAAAAGGAGGAGCUAAUAAUAGAGGAUCUCGUGGAGGAAAUAGAGGUGGAUCUCGCGGAGGAUUUAAUAAUAGAGGUGCACGUGGAGGAAAUAAAGGAAGCUUUGGAGGAAACAGAGGUGGUUUUGGAGGAAACAAAGGACCAAGAAAUCAUUAGAUAUGAAUGACUGUUUUAUCUAUUCUUUUUCUUUUUUGAAGUUAAGUUGGUAAAUGGUUUUGUUUUUUGGCAAUAACCUCACCAUCGCUUACUUCUACAAUUUUAUAAUAAUAGUAAAAUAAUAUAAUGAUGUUUAUUUCAAUAAAUGAU